UUGGUAAAGAGGAAGGGCAGAAAAUUGUGAGCUGGAGUAUCACUUGGAGGAAAUUUAUUUCUACCUCUCCUCUUGGAGCCUCUUAUGUUAUACAGACUGGGAAAGGCCAACUUUUCCCCAAUUGGGGGAUCAAUUACUUCUACCAGAAUCACCUCUGAGAAGAGACACAGAAAUCACUCAAGGCCACAUUUUAACAGAGAACAUACUUCACAUACUUCCAAAAUGAGUGAGCAGGAGGUUACUUACUCAACUUUGAGGUUUCAUAAUUCUUCAGGGUUACAGAACCAAGUGAAGACAAAUGAGACUCAAGGGCCCAGAGAAACUGGCCACAGAGGGUGUUCAGUCUCCUGGCAUCUUAUCAUGAUACCACUUGGAAUACUCUGUUCCAUUCUCCUUGUAACUGUGGCAGUGUUGGUGACACACAUUUUUCAGUAUAGUCAAGAAAAACAUGAACUGCAGGAAGCUCUAAACAAACUCCACCAUAACUACAGCACCAUGCAAAAUGAAAGCUAUUUAAAUGAAGAAAUGCUGGGAAAUAAGUCUUCGGAGUGUGAUGCCUAUAAAAGUGUCCUGGACUCCCUCAACAGACAACAGAACACAUGCCUGCGGUUAACCAAUAUUGUUUUAGAUUGCUUACAGCACAAAGGCAGACAAGUGAAUGUACACUUGUUCUGCUGUGGCAUAAAAUGUUAUUAUUUCAUCAUGGACAAGAAACAAUGGAAGGAAUGUGAACAGGCCUGCCAGGGUUGCAAAUUAUCUCUUCUGACGAUAGAUGAUGAAGAUGAACUGAAGUUCCUUCAGCUCCAGGUUACUCCAGACAGUUACUGGAUUGGAUUGUCUUAUGAUAAUAAAAAACAUGAUUCGGCAUGGAUUGACAAUAAUCCAUCUAAAUUAUUAUCAGAGGAAACUAACUUCAAUAUAAAAUCAUCCCAUGGAAAUAUUGAAAAUUAAAUUAACUUCCAAAUGAAAAAUUAAGUGUGGACUCUAUGAGGAGUUAAGUUUUGAUUGAAAGGCAAGUUUUACUUUACACUUUUAGUUUAUUUAUUUUUGUUUCAAGUAUGCACAUGUGCACAUGCAUUUCAUAGCAUAAGUGUAACUAGAGGGCAAUUAGGAAGUUAUUUCUCUCCUACUUUGUGGGGUCUGAAAUCUGAACUCAGGUUGUCAGGUUGGAUGAUCCAUGUUACUGGUCCAAGACCUGUUUUAUGUAGGAUGAUGUCAUUAUGCAUCAAGGCAGGUCCAGGAUAAGAUGAAGCCUAUCAUUGGAUGAGAAGGAAGGGUAGAAGGGGGAAAAGUCUAGGAAGGAGAAGGGAGGAAGAAGCGAGAGAGAAUUCAAGAUGGAAACAACAUAGCAGAAUGAUCCAGAUCCAGGUAGACUAGGUCAAUUUCAUCUCAUCUUGGUGGGCGGUUCAAACCUUUAUUAAAUGGGAACGAAUUUAUUGUGUAGAUGUAUUGUGGACUGAGUAUUUAACAUAUAAAUAUAAUUGCUAAAUUACAAGAUUCUGGAACUUUGAUUUUCCCAUGGAUCUGCACAGAGUGAGAGCAAUCAUGGGAACCAGUUCUGUCCCUGUUUUAGUCUUACCACCACAGUUCUAUGUGUUUAAGAAAAUCAAAAUUUUUAUUGAUACACUUAGGAUUAAGUCCACAUUCUAUACACUUUGGUCAAUAAACAUUGUUUUUAAAACCAGAGCCUAAAUCAAUAUAAGAUUCAAACUUAAAUAACUGUCUAUUAUAUAUUUUGUUUUAUAGUGAUUUUUAAAAUUAUUUCAUUUAUUUACAUUCUAGUCAUUGCCUCUUCUUCCAGUCCCUUUCCCACAGUUCCUCAUCCCAUUACCCUUCCCCCUUGACUCUGAGAGGGCCCCCCAAUAGCCUCCCCUCUCCCUGGGGCCUCAAGUGUCUAGAGGAUUAGGUACAUCUUCUCUCUCUGAGGCCAAACCAAUCAUUCCUCUGCUAUAUAUAUGCCAGGAGCCUCUGGCUAACCCAUGUAUGCAUCUUGGUUGGUGGCUUAGUCUCUGGGAGCUCAAUGGGGUCCAGGUUAGUUGAGACUGCUGGUCUUCCUAUGGGGUCACACAUCCCUUCAGCUUCUUCAAUCCUUCACCUAAUUCAACUAUAAGGGUGACUGACUUCAGCCCAAUGGUUGGGUGUAAGCAUCUGUGUCUGUCUCAGUCAGCUGCUGGUAGAGUCUCUCAAAGGACAGCUAUGCUAGGCUCCUGUCUGUAAGCACACCAUAUCAUCAGUAUUAGUGUCAGGCCUUGGAGCCUCCCCGUGAGGUGGGUUCCUAGUUGGGCCAGUCACUAGACCACCUUUCCUUUAGUCUUUUCUUCAUUUUUGUCUAUGCAGUUCUUUUUAGACAGGAAAAAUUCUGGGAAUGAAAUUUAACUGUGGGUUAGUAACCCUGUCCCUCCACUAGAGGCCCUAUCUAUCUACUGGAGAUGGACUGUUUGAGUUGCCUUUCCCCAUUGUUGGAUAUUUUGGCUAAGGUCACCCCAUUGAGUCCUGAGAAACUCUUACUCCCAGGUCUCUAGUACUUUCUAGAGGGAAACCCCCAACACUCAACCCCCAAGAAUGCAUCACUACAUAAGACAGAGGAAGUGUAUCUUUCACUUUCACAGAUAUAAUGAUGUGGUAAAGUCUGCUCAUGUGUCUGUGAAAAGUAGAUAAAUAUCCUGAUUAGGUGUGACAAAUAAAGGUAAAAUAAAACCGAACUGUUUUGUCAUUUUGUUCAUUUCCUGUGAUAAUAUGUGACUCCUUAGUGACCACUGAUAACAAUGUUUU